UUCUCUUCUGCGCCGCACACUCUGUUGAAGAAAACAAUUUCCUCUCCAGCUCUAGUUUUCAACCAAAACUCACAUCCAUCCAAGCUUUUGGAUUUGCACUGUCUCCACUUCUCCUCCACCACACUGACGACUUUCUCUGUCUCCUCUCAGAUAAUCAAGAUGGAUAAUUCUCGUCAGUCACCUGGGAAUGAAUCAGCUGUGAAUGAAUCUGCAAAUGAUUCCACUCCAUCCUCGACAAAUUCAAGUGCUCCUAGAUUAACAAGUAAAGUAUGGUCUUUGUUUGAAAGGGUUACCAAAAUUGAAAAAGGUGGUAGAGUUGUAUCUGAGAAGAGGGCAAGAUUGAGUCCAAAUACAAUAGAAGCAUUAAUUUGUUUGAAAGAUUGGACCUUAGCAAAUUCAAGGAUGCAAGAUGUAGCACAAGAAGAGCAAAGCGCAGAAGAAUUAAUGAACAUUAGAGCCACAAGACCAGAUUGGAUGACAUCCAGUGGAGAUGGAGAGGUUGACAGUGAAUCUGAAAAUGAGAUAAUUGGAAGUUGAAUUGUUUAGUAAGGGUUUAGUAACAAUAUAACAUUUUUGUUGAGGUUGUGGUUGACAAAUCUGAGACUAUUGAAC